AUCGAUAUAUCGAGUAAUAUCGCUCAUCACUAGCACGGAACUGAUUUGACGCAUCGUGGACGCUUAAUUUGUGGUAUUUCAAUAAUUUAUUUUAAUAUUUUGGUUGCAAUAACUUUUUAAAGUAGAGUAGAAAAUGUCUGGCAUCGCAAGUGCACGUUUAGCAGAGGAAAGAAAAGCUUGGCGCAAGGAUCAUCCUUUUGGUUUUGUUGCCAGACCGAUGAAGAAUCCAGAUGGCUCUUUGAAUCUUAUGACUUGGGAGUGUGCUAUUCCCGGAAAAAAGGGGACACCAUGGGAAGGAGGACUAUAUAAAUUACGUAUGAUUUUUAAAGAUGAUUAUCCUUCAAGCCCACCUAAAUGCAAGUUUGAGCCACCAUUGUUCCAUCCAAAUGUCUAUCCAUCAGGGACAGUCUGUUUAUCACUUCUAGAUGAAGAAAAAGAUUGGCGUCCUGCCAUCACAAUUAAACAGAUCCUCCUUGGUAUCCAAGACCUACUUAAUGAACCAAAUGUUAAAGAUCCUGCACAAGCUGAAGCGUAUACAAUUUAUUGUCAAAAUCGGCUAGAAUAUGAUAAGAGAGUUCGAGCACAGGCACGUGCAAUGGCUGCUACUGAAUGAAUCUUAAAUAACCAUCUGGAGGAAUAUUGGCCAUGCUCUAAUGGUCAUCUCGCUAUGUGGUAGGGGAUUAGCAAAACAUUAACCUUUUUAUGGCCCCUGGAGAUUUCAUUGGCAAUUGUCAAUCUUAGCCUACAUUUGUGAUAAUGUUGAUUAAAAAAAAUUAAAAAGGAAAGUUGACUAUCAUUACAUUGCCAAGGAGAAAUCAUUCUCUUUAGAGUAUUCACAUCACUUACUUACAUUAUUGUCUUGAAAGGGGUGUUGUAAUAUUGUAUCUAGAACAAUGUAUUAAUUUAUUAAGCAUUUGAUACUUUUUGAAUGUCAUGCUUAAAUUUUACAAUAUCAUAUAUAACUUAGGAAUAAUUUGGUGAGAUCAGUUUCAUUUUGUACCUUGUAUUUGACUGUAAUAUCAGCAACCAAAUACUAAAAUUGCUAUGAAUAUGUAAAUCUUAUGUCUAUUGUAAAAUGUUACUUACUGUAUUGAAAAAAAGAUCAAUAUCACCAUAAUCAUUAUUGAAAUAUAGAUUUUCAAUCAUAGGGCAUAGAAAUUGAUAGGUAUGUUACAUUUAAUACAGAAAUUAUUUUUAAUACAGAAAGUUAUAAUUAAUGUCAAACAUUUUGUUUUAAAUAUUUAAUUACUUGUAAUGUGUCAUUGAAAUUAUUUUCAUAGUAAAUUAAAAACAAUUGAUAAUUAUUAGACUAGCUAAGCUUAAAUAUACAUGUUACAUGUGUGUUAAUAUGAUAAACUAUUCUCCUGUCACAAAGCGAGCCCUUGUAUCUGUUCUAUAAACAGUCCUUGUACUUUUUGCUGGAACCUAGAUUAUGAAAACGAUACAGUCAAUAAUUCAACAAUAUUAUUGAUAACAAAUAAAACAUUAGAGAUUCUAAUCACUUUAUCUGUAUAAAUUAAUUUCUUAAUACAGUUUAAAUCAUCAAUUAUGACUUAGAAUUAAGACUUCUAAGGUGUUUAAUAUUUAUUUCUGAGAUGACAUUUGUGAUACAGUAUUGUUUCAAAUUUUAAUAAUAUAAUAUUUAGAUAUAUUCCUCUUAUAAUAAACAUUGAAGUCACAGUCAGAAUCUGCUAUUAUUUUAACUAUUUUUGUAUGUUUAUGUUAGUUUUAUGGAAUAAUAAAUUCAAAAAACUAUA